AUGGACAUGGACGUGGACAUGGACGUGGACGUGGACGUGGACAUGGACGUGGACGUGGACGUGGACGUGGACAUGGACGUGGACGUGGACGUGGACGUGAAAGUGGAUGUGGACCUCGACGUGGACGUGGACGUGGACGUGGACGUGGACGUGGACGUGGACAUGGACGUGGACGUGGACGUGAACGUGGACGUGGACGUGGACGUGAACGUGGACGUGGACAUGGACGUGGACAUGGAUGUGGACGUGGACGUGGACGUGGACGUGGACGUGGUCGUGGACGUGGACGUGGAUGUGGACGUGGACGUGGUCGUGGACGUGGACGUGGACGUGGACGUGGACGUGGACAUGGACGUGGACGUGGACGUGGACAUAGACAUGGACGUGGACGUGGACGUGGACAUGGACGUGGACGUGGACAUGGACAUGGACGUGGACGUGGACGUGGACGUGGACGUGGACGUGGAUGUGGACGUGGACGUGGACGUGGACAUGGACGUGGACGUGGCAGGGACGUGGACACAUGGACGUUGA